UUAGUGAGGGGAAUAGGCAGGAAAGAAGAAAGGGGAAGGAAAAAAAGGAUCAGGCAUAAUCUUGCUCUGCUUUAACUUUCAGCACUUCUGAUCUAAUCUUUCUUUUCUUGCCACGUUCCUGCUAAGGAAGCAAAUCUACAAAGAUGAAAUACAUCAUAGGUAUCGGAGGCGUGACCAACGGCGGCAAAACCACUCUGACCAACCGAAUCGUCAAAGCGCUGCCCAACUGCUGCGUCGUCCACCAGGAUGACUUUUUCAAGCCACAAGAUCAAAUAGAAGUCGGGGAAGACGGCUUUAAACAAUGGGAUGUGUUGGAUUCCUUGGAUAUGGAGGCAAUGGUGAGCACUGUGCGUGCCUGGAUUGAGAACCCAGUGAAGUUUGCCCGUUCCCACGGGGUGAAUGUUACGCCUGGCUCUAAAGAGCCAGCCUCCAAAGAUAUCCAUAUAUUGGUCAUUGAAGGCUUCCUGCUUUAUAAUUACAAACCACUGAUAGACCUAUUUGAUGUACGCUACUACUUGGCAGUUCCAUAUGAUGAAUGCAAAAGGAGGAGAAGUACACGGAACUAUACUGUUCCUGACCCACCGGGUCUCUUUGAUGGACAUGUCUGGCCCAUGUAUUUAAAACACAGGAAAGAAAUGGAGGACAGUGGCGUUGACGUUGUUUAUUUAGAUGGACUAAAGUCUAGAGAUGAACUUUACAAUCAAGUCUUGGAAGACAUUCAAAACAAGCUUUUAAAUUGCUUAUAGGGUCUCUGAAGACCUGAAAGACCCAUGUACAGAACGAUGUAAAUAGUAUUUAGACAGAAGUCAGAAUUAGGGUUUAUCUGUGUAAACUCUUCCUAUACUGUCCUUUGGAAAGCAUCUUUUGUAUAUAAUUGAAAAGUGAAGUAACUUAUUUACAACUCUGUGAUGGACAGGAUUUUUUUUUUUUAAUUUUCUUAUUUUAUAUUCCACUGGCUUAAAUGUAUGUUAAAAAAUGCAUUUUUAUAAUGGAAUGAGUACAACUGCCUUUGGAAAACAAUUGACUCUUCUGCUUACGCACUUCUGCAGCCAUUAAGCCUUGAUGUAAAGGCUUGUUUGUGAUGCCAUCUUUUGAAUUCAGUAAAAAUCAAUUUAAAAUCCUCUUUGAGC